AUGCAAGAUAGGGAGAGUAUAAUGAGCUGGACAGAUGAAUAUGCUUCUCAGCAUAUGGAAAGUCUGAAAAUAAAGCCAAUCAAUAACUUACCCCUUAUGGAGAGUUCAGUUGAGAUAAAAAAGAACAAAGCCCCCAUCAAAGAACGCGUGGGACAAAUAUGUCAACCAACCCGGAUAGUAUGUAUUAUAUACAGAUCGAUUAAAGAAGAACAAGCCAAGUGUUUUAGGCUUUGCUUUUUAUGUGAUGGAAAUAAUUUAUGCGGUAUGUGCAGAUGUACGCCCAAAUGUUAUGAAGAUAAAGAGGAAGUGGCAGAUGAAGUUUCUUUUAUCAAUGCAAGAAAGGAAAAAGAGCACGAAGACUGUUUGCUAAGAGAAGAAGGAUUUUUAGGCCAGAUGCCAUCUGAUGAGCCAUCUUCUCCUUACACUCUGUGCAGGAAGUGUUCUCAUAUGAAAGAGUGGCCUAUUGUUUCUGUUGAAGAGAAAAUGUGUGUUGUUAAAUUUGUUUCAAUUAGAACUGCUCUGCUUUUUUAUCAAUCACAUAAAUCUGCGUUUCUUCUAUCAUUUGGUGUAGACAUGCGAGCGCCUUUGAGGAUUUCUGUCCCAGAGAAAAAUAUACAGCUGCAGGCGCUUGAGAGAGCCUUUUCAAUUAAAAAAAUGGAAAUCACUGAAACUGUUUUUGACUGCGGGAGUGAGCAGGCACCAAGAGAAACAAGAAUAAAAACAGGAAUCAUCUCUGUAAAUGAACAGGAAAAGUCGCAGGAAUUUAUUUCCAUGGCAAGUGGAAGGCACUCCAAUGUUGUUCUACAGGGAAGGAUUCGCGGCAUGACACAGGAAAGUCUUUUGUCUUGCAUUUCAGCGCUUACUUCUCCAGAGUUCAUCUAUCUUGCUAAGCACAAGUAUGGUACAUAUGUUAUUCAGCUGGUGGUCAGCAUGGUAAAGAAUCCGUCUUUGAUGGAGGAGGUGAAGAAGCACAUCUUUCCAUACUCUUCAGGGCUUCUACAGCACGAGAUAGGAAAUUAUGUGGUGCAACGGAUUAUUUCAUAUGAUGCAAGGUUUGUGUUUGACUGUUUUAUGAAAGACUUUAAGAGAAUUGUUAGCAGUAAAAUAGGAUCGCGUGCCUUUAAAAACUGUAUCAAAUCAUUCCAUUUAUACAGAAAGGAAAUAAUACAAAUUUUGUCAAGUGAGUUCCUUGAGUCUCUCCCAUUUGAAGAGCAGAAGGUGAUUCGUGUGGCGCUCAAAGAAGUAUUUUUUUUAAACAGCAAGACCAGCUAAAUAAUUCUUUAAAAUAAAAGUGUACAAUAAGAAAAAUAAAUGAAGACU